UUCAUACGCCUCUAUUCUCAUUUUCUCUGAGAAACCCUCACUCAAUCAGCCGGCGGCCGGACCUCCCACAACCUCGACACCAUGGCAUCGGAGAAGAAACUCUCUAACCCAAUGAGAGAAAUCAAGGUUCAGAAGCUCGUCCUCAAUAUCUCCGUCGGCGAGAGCGGCGAUCGUCUCACCAGAGCCGCUAAGGUUUUGGAACAGCUUAGUGGCCAAACCCCUGUUUUCUCCAAAGCGAGGUACACUGUGCGUUCUUUUGGGAUCAGGCGUAACGAAAAAAUUGCAUGCUACGUCACAGUGAGGGGUGACAAGGCAAUGCAGCUCCUGGAGAGUGGACUGAAGGUGAAGGAGUAUGAACUAUUACGAAGAAACUUCAGCGAUACUGGUUGCUUUGGUUUUGGUAUCCAAGAGCAUAUUGAUCUCGGAAUUAAGUAUGACCCUUCGACGGGUAUCUAUGGUAUGGACUUCUAUGUGGUGUUGGAAAGGCCAGGUUACAGAGUCGGAAGGCGCCGUAGGUGCAAGUCUCGUGUCGGGAUACAACACAGGGUCACAAAGGAAGAUUCGAUGAAGUGGUUCCAGGUUAAAUACGAAGGUGUUAUCCUCAACAAAGCCACAAACAUCGGCACUUAAUUUAAUGUUGCAUUUUAUCCUCGUUCGGCACACCAUAUCAGCUUAUUUAGUUAUAGACCGACCUUCUUGCAUUACAUUAUAUGGAUAUGCCUUUUAGUACUACUUUUUUGUUUUUACCUCAACUGUUUUCUGAACGAGUUGUUAUAACUAUUUUAAGGGGUUUAAUUUGGAUUUACUGGCAAUUUUUAUCCCUAUGUUACCGAAAUUGUUUGCGAUUGCGGUUGAUGCUCAAUCUUUACGAAGAAUUUGAUUCUGGUUUUUGAAUCAGUUGUUUCUGUGUUUGUCUGAAGAUUCAAGAAUGAAGGUUACUUUGAUCU